AUGUCUUGUCGUGGUAAGGGUGGUGCAAAGGCAAAUUCCAAGAGCAAGACCCGCUCCAUCAGAGCUGGUCUUCAGUUCCCAGUGGGAAGAGUCCACCGUCUUCUUCGAAAAGGAAAUUACGCUGAACGUGUGGGUGCUGGCGCCCCAGUGUAUCUUGCCGCAGUUCUAGAAUAUCUUGCAGCGGAAGUUCUUGAGCUUGCCGGUAACGCUGCUCGUGACAACAAGAAAACUCGAAUUAUUCCGCGUCAUCUUCAAUUGGCCGUCAGAAAUGAUGAGGAAUUGAAUAAAUUGCUUUCUGGUGUCACAAUUUCCCAAGGUGGUGUUCUACCAAAUAUUCAAAGCGUUCUUUUACCGAAGAAGAAUGAGAAGGCGGAUGCCAAGAAGGUAUCCCAAGAAUUCUAG